UACCGAUUGCAUCCCUCUAAAAAAUUUACACCAAACUGCGUGUGAAAAAGAUCCAAAGUUUUCGCAAACCUAUCGGGUGUCUAUUUAUUGACAGAUUGACAGCUAAAAACGCGCGCGCUACGUUUUCGAGUGCGUUACAACACCGCGAAUCGAACCAAAAUGUUGUAAAGAGCCGCGCAGCCAGUGGACAUUCGCUGUUCUACUUCUCUAAAUAACACACACACACACGCACACACGCGCGCGCCGCCGAGUGUCAACAGCUGCCCUGGCGAAAAAAUGUCGGACAUUAACGAUGACCUGCUCAACUACGAGCUGGGCGACGACAUCGAUGACCAGGCUCUGCUCGGCGCCGACGAGGAUGAGUUGCUACUCUCGGACGAAGAGCUCGAAAAGGAUGUCACCAGCGAGGUGAAGCAGCAGAUGCGCGCCGAGGCCGAGGAGUGGGCCCAGGAGCAGAUUCGCCAGCACGAGCGCAAGCACAAGGAGCAACUGCAGGCAGGAGCGGCUGUAGCAGCAUCUGUUACUCCCACAGCGCCUGCAGCUCAGGGAACUCAGGGAGGAGCUCAGACCCCGCAACCCGAGUCCACUUCAGUCCCAGUUCCUGCGCCAGUUCAUCCGCCUGCUCCUCCACCAGCCACCGCUGCAGUCAAUCCACCCAGCGGCGCAGUGGAGAAGCCCAAAGAAGAGCCAGCGAAUGAGGAGCAGCGGGUGGCACCCAACGAUCCUCCAGCCCAGCAAGCCAAGGAGCAGGCACCAGCCGAAAGGGAACCACAUCCCAACAAUGGAAAUGGCAAUGGCAACGAGGAGGCCACCGAGAAUGCGGGCAGCCAGAGCGAAGGAGAGCAGGGAUUGGGCCUCUCCUCCUCCCUGCUGGCCUCCUCGCAGGAGAGCCUGCCCAGCGCCAGUUCCGCCUCGGUGAUCUCCGAGCUGCCCGAUCCGCGCGAGGACGAGGAGGAGCGCGAGGAGCGCACCAACUACAAGACGGCCAGCGAGCGGAGCGACAACAGCAUGAGGCAGCAGCAGGAGCACGCGCACAUGUCGCCCUAUCAGCACCAGCAGAGGCGGCACCAUGGAGGCCAUGGAGACAAACCUCGAGGAGGAGGACGCUUUAUGCAGCAGCAGCAGAACCAAAUGGGCAAGCCGCCGCGAGGAUUGGGAACUCGCCACCACCUGCUGCGCAAUCCGUCGCCCAUGUUCGGCGUUCAGCAGCAGCAGCAGCAGCGCAUGGGCAUGGCCGGAAUGCAGCCGCCGCCGCAGCAGCAGCGAUACGGCAUGCCGGGUAAUGCUGCUCCUCCACCAGCCGCCUGCCUCCUCCCACUAACCAUUCCCGUUCCCAUUCCCGUUUCCCCGCUCAGCCUUUCAAUGCCACCAGCUCAUCCAGCUCAUCCACAGCAGACCACACUGAACAAUCCAACAUUCAUUCCAAUUCCAGGCCAAUAUCCGCCCAGUCAGCCACCCAACCAGUCAUCACAACAACAAGCACCGACCAACAACACACAACCCGCCUCUCCCCUCCACGCUCCUCCCACGCAUUCGCACAUGAUGCACCACAGUCACAAUCCAAAUGGAGGCGUGCCGCCGCAUCUGCUGCCCCAUCCGCACGAGCAGGUGCGCGUGGGUCUGCUGCAGCCACCGCCGCUGAAUGCGUACGCUCCCAAUCCCGGUGGCUAUCGGAAUGGAGCUCUAUUGGGUCCGGGACCGGGACCGGGACCUAAUCCCCACCAGCAGCAGCAGCAGCCAUCUGGCAUGCGUCCGCCGCUCUACCGCAAUGCACCGCCCGCUUAUGGCUACGAUCAGGGCCAUCCGCCGCAGCAUCCGCCGCAGUUUAUGCGGCCGCACAACGGCUGGCGGCCGCAGGGCGACAAUACGCGCAUGCAGCGGCCACCGCUUCAAAGUCUGCCGCUCCACAUGAUGCCCGGCGCCCCGCCAAACUUUGCCAACGGCAUGGGAAUGCGCGGUCCGCCGCCGCCGCAGCAGCAGCAGCAGCAGCAACAGUCGCAACAGCCGCCGCCGCAACAGCAGCAGCCAGGACCGCAGCAUCCCGGUAAUCCCGGCCAGCAACAGCAACCAAAUGGACCGCCGCCGCCGCAGCAGCAGCAGGGCGGCUCGUCUUCGGUGCCGCGGGUCAGCAAGGUGCUCAUCAAUCCGAAUUUCAAGGGCGGCGUCGAGGCGGCCACCAACAAGUUCAUCAAGGAGACCCACUUCAUGCCCGCCAUCAACAGCGAUGCCGAGUUGCAGCGCCAGCAGGAUGAGUUCAUCAACAAGAACAGGCAGUACUUUGAGAAGCGGCGCAUGGAGCGUUCGCCGCCGUCGGCGGGCUCGGGAGCCGUUGCCUCUGGUCAGGCAGGCGAGCGGAGGCGCAGCCGCAGUCGCAGUCGCUCCCGGGGACGCAGUUACUCGCCCGUGAAGCGCAUGGAGAGGGAACGCGAGAGGGAUCGGGAGCGAGAAAGGGAACGGGAGAGAGAUCGUGACAGGGAGCGAGAUCGUGAACGAUACGGGGCCAAUCGGGCGGCGGGAAAUCGAGGAUUCCGACGAGCAGCCAGCCGGGAUCGAGACGAGAAUCGUGGUGGGGCGAGUGCUGCAAGUGGCCAAGGAGCGGGCGGAGUGCCAUCCAGUGGAGCAGCGCCACCCAAGCGACGGAGAAGUGGCUCCGGCGGACCAGGCGGCACCGCCCGCAAUCCCUUCUCCGGGGAGCCACGCGGCCGAACCUCGGAAACGGGAAGCCGCAGUAUGCCCAGCGACGAGGACGAGGAGACACGCAACUACCGCCUGGAGAUCGAGAAGCAGAAGCAAUUGCGAGAGAAGAUCAUGCGUGACAAGGAGUUGAAGCGUCGGCGUGCCGCCGAGGAGAAACUACACGAGGAGAAACGCGCCGAACAGCACAAUUCGCCAGCACGCGACGACCAGGAGGCGGUGUCGGCGGGCCAAGGAUCUGCGGCGUCUACAGCGGCGGCGCCAAAGCAUCGGCCUGCCCAGGCAGCCGGCGAGCGGAAGGUUAUCUCGUUGAAGCGUCGCGACGACCAGGAUGCGGGCAACGUUCGCAAUAGGCAGGCACCUUCACAGUCGCAAUCGCAAUCGCAGUCCAAUGCUCAGCCUACCCAGCAGCAGCCGACGGCGCGAAAGCAACUGACGGCGGCAAAGAUAGCGCCAGAGGCCAAGCGCAGUAUAACCGAUCACCUGGCUCCCUCCUCCAAGCAGCAGCAGCAUCAUCAUCAGCAGCAGCAGCAGCAGGUGUCUGCAGCUGUGCCGGCGAGAGCGUUGGGAGGAUCUGCAAGGGGAGGCACUCCGCCGAAACCGCGCGACAUGCUGCGCCUGGGCACGCCCAGCGACGAUGAGGUGGAGCUGGACUACGAUGACGAUGACCUGCUGCUGGACGAGGAGGAUCGUUUGUUGGCCACCCCUUCGCCGCCGCCGCAGAAGGCGAGCAGCAAGAGAUCGGCCACGCCGGAGCUGCUGGUGGUCAAGCGGAACCACAAGGUGAUGCGAGGCGGCGGCGGCAGCUCAACUUCGGCGCCCAGCUUUAGCUCCAGCCAGCGGCGGGUGGUCCUGAAGCCCACCAGCAAUGGCAGCAGCAGCAGCGGCGGUGGAGAUCAGCAGUCAUCGCAUGGCGGCAGGAGAGGAGAGAGGAGGCAGCGGGAGGAGAACGCAAUGCAGCGGAAGGGAAGCGCAGGAGGAGGCGGCAGCUCGGGAACUGGAGGAGGAAUCUUCGAUCGGCUGGAGAAGCGGCAGGCCUCCUCGGGAGGAAGCAGCAGCGGCGGCGGGAGCGGCCACAAGCAGCGCUCCAAGGCGCCCGCACGCAUCGUACUCAAGCACGAUUGAUAAGGAUACUUAGAUUUAAGCUUAAAGUUUUUUAUAUCGAUUAUCUCGACUGUGGAUAAGAGAUUAGCGACGUUGAGGCGGAGGCUUAGGCUUAGGAGGAUAAGAGGAACUUUAGCUUUAAGUUAUAAAGUUGCAACUUGUUGAUCUGUAGACUUGUAUACCCAACGUCUAUAUAAAUAGCGUAUGUAUUUGGUGAGUAUGAGUAAGGGUGUCUGCACCGUACUCUCCAUACGGUACACACAUUUAUAUAUAUAUAUAUUCAUUUAGCCCUAAGUGUACAAAUCUUAUCAAUGACUAAAACGUGCUUCGUUUUCUUAA